CAAGCUUGCUGUACAUGAUGUUAUUUUAUUCAAAGUGCUAGCUUGCUGUACAUGAUGUUAUUUUAUUCAAAGUGCUAGCUUGCUGUACAUGAUGUUAUUUUAUUAUGGUUGUUUGUGUUGUUUUCUUCAACAUUGACUGGGUGUAUGGUUGGCGUUUAUGGUCAUUUCGUACCACAGUCAUUUCGUACCAUAGCCAUUUCGUACCUACUUUUUACCAUCUCGUACCAUAAUGUUUGGUCAUUUCGUACCAUAGUGGUUUCAUACUCGGUAUCGUAUCUUAUUUUUUUCACGGUAUGCCACUUCUUAUUUUUAUUGUUGACGAAUAAAUGUUCACGAAUAAACAUACCUUGUAAAGUGAGCAAAGGUUUAAUUGAACAUAUGUAUUUUGCCACUGAUGACCAUUUCAUAUGAUACGAGACUCUUCCCCCCCCCCCCAUCCCCCCAUCUUACAUAGCCUUACGUCCUUAGCCCACUGUCGACAGAUUAUCUACCUAUGAUUGCCUUAUUGCUGUUGGAUAAGCAAUCGUUAUAAUCAACAGUCACAUCAGUAUCGAUGUAGAAUAUCACUGUGUGGUCUAGUAUAACAAAAUAUACACGAUCUUGAAAUCAUUAUAACUUUAUUUCAUAACAAAACACAGCACUAUACUCAAACUACAGUUAAAAUACUUUUGAAAUCACUAGCGUUGCGGUGUCAGUCAUCAGCGACAUGCACCAAUCUGGAACAAAUUUUCAACAGGCGGCCGACCCCGAUUUCCCCGUCACUAAAAAAUGCCCAAUUUGUUCAAAGAUACUGCUAAAAUAACAACAUUGUUGUAGGGCUUCUUGUAAUAAACUUGGUGAAGAAAACCAUGGCCUUUGUUUAUUUCAUAAAACCAUAAUCCGUUUGUUUAUCUAACACACGGUCUUCGUGGGUAAAUAUGGUUUUUCUGAGAUCAGCUCGUUCGUAAUUAAUAUAAUGAUGAACGGAAACAUUUGAAGAUAAACGUAAUAAAAGUAAUAUAUCAUCUUUUUCUUGUUAUUUGUUUGUUUGUUUGUUUAUUUCUUAAGGGUGGGGCUUCAAUAUAGCUGCAUUAGCGUAAUGUUUAUUUUUUAAAUCAGUAAUUCGACAUUUUACUAUUUAUCAGUCAACUAAACUGCACAAUAAAUGAUUGAGGUACGAAAUGACUGGUACGAAAUGACCAAACAGACAUGGUACGAAAUAACCAUGGUACGAAAUGACUAUGGUACGAAAUGACAAAAUAACUAUGGUACGAAAUGACCAGGGUACGAAAUGGUAAAAUUGGGUACGAAAUGACUAUGGUACGAGAUGACUAUGGUAUGAAUAUACUGGUUACCGGCUACAUUAAAUGUUGUAAUAAAAAUAUGUUGGACUAUAGCAACUAGCUGUACAGUUUUAAAAUGUGAUUAGGGUUUGUCUUAUAUAUAUGUUGGCCGACGUUAUAUAAACAGCUUUGAAAUAAAAUAUAUUCACUAUAUACGGCCGUGUAUAUGGAAUUCAAGGAUAUAUAUACGGCUGCCGUGUAUAUAGCCACUUCCAGCUUUGAAAGACAACGAAAUGAAAUAUGCAAAGUAAGUUGUUGUCAAGUUGAUUAAUGAUUAUGUAUAUGAACAUUGUGCACAAAAAUCAUGACUUUGGUUAUAUCGGAAUUUUGGCGAGAUUAGUUUAGUCCAACACGGAAGUUCACCUCAACUCCAUAACCGAAACCGAAAGUAUGUCACUACGCAUAGCUGACACCUCUGUUUUAGAAGAUUGUAAAAAUAGUACUUCACUGUAACUGAGGAUGGAAACGAUGGAACUCACUCUCAUUAAAGGCAACAUCACUGAACUUGACGUGAAGGUUAAUGUUAUUGUAAACUCCACCAGGGAAGAUCUAGAGCUGAAUCAUGGAGAGGUGUCAAGUGCCAUAUUAGCAAGUGCGGGAAACACAAUACAACAAGAAUGUAAAGACAAGUACAAGAACGGGAUAAAACUCGGAGAGAUUGCAGUCACAAGUGGAGGGAAGUUGCACUGUGAUAAAAUAUACCACACAGUACUGCCAAACUGGCAGAAUAAUGGACCUCAAGUAUUGGAAAAUGUAAUCAUGGCUUGUCUUGAAAAAGCUAAAGGAGAGGGCUAUGAGUUCAUCGCUUUUCCUGCCCUUGGCACUGGGACACUGAAGUACCCGGUUGGGGAUGUGACCAAAAUCUUUUUUGAGACCAUUAUCAAGUUUCAGGAGAAAAGUCCAGGACCACUUCAGAAGGUGAUCCUGAUAGCUUUCCAUUCCAAUGAUGAUGUUAUUAAGGCAUUUGAGAAUGAGAGAUUGGAAAAGGUAUUUGAAACAAGAAUUAAGAUUGAAUCGAGAAUGGAGACAACCAUUCGUAUUGCCUUGCUCAGAACAAGUGAACAACAUUAAAGUGACCUGGAUGAAGAGAAUUACUUUUACAUAUAGUCAGAAUCUUAAUAAGAUUCACCUUUUGCUGUGUAAAAUAUUCAACAAGCCUGUCCUCUAACCAAGAUAUCCCGACGAAAGACAUUUAUCUUAUAUGUAAUUCAAACAAAUGAAGUUAAUUUAUCUGGUCAGGUAAAUGUGAUGAGUUAUUUACCUUUUCAACCCACUCUGUGUGUUUCUGUUAGUCAAAUAGCAAUUUCCUAUGAAUAUGUUUUUCUGCAAAUGUAACAAAACUGAUUCAAAAUAUUUUGACCUGAUUUUGGCUUCUUUUCUUUCUUUUUUUUUUUUUUGUUGCAGUUAUAGUCAUUUACAGGAUAUCAUUAAUUGUACAAGUUUUCGUUUUAAAUGUAUACUUAAUAUUUACCACAAAAUUCAGAUUUUAGAAUGAGAUGAUAAUGGACAUUUAAUUUAAUAUAAUCUUACAUAUAUACAUGUAUGACAUAAUGGUACUCAUUUAAGCAUACGGGUACUAUAGUAAUAAAGACUUUUUCUGACCUGCAAUCAAAAACAUCUUUUAUCGAACAUACAUGUAUAUGUAAUACAAAAUUUUGCAUGCAUAGUUCAUGUGUUGACUCAAAUGAUAUCAUGUCUCUAUUCACGACAGUGUUCUGUCAGUUCCAUAAAAUUCAAAGUAAGCUGUGCUAUUUAAUUAAAGUUUUGUUAAUCAUAAUAUAUGAAGGUGGUAUGUAAUAAAUUCAGAACCACAUACCACUUGUUUUACCAUGUUAUUUAUUGCACUUGUUUAUAGUGCACAAGAUUUAUACCACUAUAUUAUUAUUGCACACUAUAAACACCUGCAAUACACAACAUGGAAAAACAAUUAACUGGUAUGUGGUUCUGACCAGAAAUCAUCUUACCUCAUGUUAUCUCUAAUGUUGUACGCUGACAUGUGCACCCUUGAUUUAUGAGUGCAUAUAAAUAUCCCAUAAGGUUUAAUUAAAAUGAAAUUCAUUUAUGUCUGAUUUUCAUGCUUACUGUACUUGUUUACCCCAGAAUAUGGCACACCUAACACUAUAUUAUUACUAGUUGUAUGGGUGUUUCAAAUAUCACUAUUUUGUUUGCACAUGUGUAUCAAUUUGUAAAUUAGGUUAGCGAUUCCCAAAUAUUAAUGUUGUGGUUGUAGUUUUAUAUAUGUUAUAAUAUGUCUAUUAUAUGUAUUAAUUAAUUAUUUAUUUAAAAAUUACAUAACAUGAAUUUUGCUUUAAGGCUCUAAUUUAUCCAUUUGGUUCGAGCUAUAAUCAUUUCUCUGGGGCUGGAUGUAGACCAGUGGUAAAGUGCUUGCUCGAUGUGCGGUCGGUCUGAGAUCGAUCCCCAUCAGUGGGCCCAUUGGGCUAUUUCUCAUUCCAGCCAGUGCACCAUGACUGGUAUAUCAAAGGCUGUGGUAUGUACUACCCUGUCUGUGGAAUGGUGCAUAUAAAAAUCCCUUGCUGCUCUCAAUAUCCGUGUGGUCCUUAAUCUUUAAAUAAAACAUUUCUUUCUUUCUUUCAUUUCACUGUACAGUUGUGUUAAACUUAAAGCUGCUGUCUUGCCUCCCAAUCUUAUAACUUAAUUUACCAGUGUCUGACAAAUUUCUGAAAACAUCACUAGCUCCUGCUGAAGCUUUGACUACUGCCAUAUGUAAUAUAUACUUAAUACAGUUGACAGUUUCCACUAGCGCAGAUCAAAAGCUCACUAGCCGGGACCAAGGGCUAGAGGAUUUGUCAAACCCAGAAUUUACUAAUGCAAAACACAAACAGAUCUAGUUUUUAUAAACUUGUAUUUUAUCAGUGUCAGUGGAUAUUGCCAACUGCCUUGAUACACCCAUACAAGUGUCGUCACCAUCUUGUCAGUGAGUUGUGUGGUCAAAAAGUCGCAGUUUAAAGGGACAUUACUGAGUUUGUUUCAAUGUAAGAUGUUUCCGACUGAUAAAAUAUUUUUACGAUUAAACCUACAUAUUAAAUAUAUGUUCUUGUUUAGAAUAUCAGUGUCUGUAUAUUCAA